AUGAGGACGCCGCUUUCACACUUUCUCUCGGCCCUGCUGCUAUUGCAGACAUGCGCAGCUGGGCCUGGUCAGCCGCUCACUGACCAAACAGCGUCUGGGGCAAUCGACCACGAUGCAGAUCACGAAUUUACGUUCCAGACAGGGGAAGCAGAACCGCGACCCAUAACUCAACGAGUUGAGAAUGCCUGGAAUACCCUCCGCACAAUCAAGAAGCCAGUCCUUCAAUCCGACAAGUCGAGAGGAUUACUAGGGACUGCCGUACACUAUGGCCGCCAAACGGUCCGACUGCUAUUCUUGAAUGGCCCUUCAACCGAAAAACCCGAGCGGAAACUGAACAAACAUCUCGCAGGAGCAGUGGAGGAGCUGAGAGCAGCUGCAGACGAAGACCGAGACCCGGAUGCGAUGUUCCUGUUAGCAGAGAUGAACUUCUAUGGCAACUUCUCCCAUCCCCGCGACUUCAAAGAGGCCUUCCGCUGGUACCAUGACCUGGCAUGGCUGGAUGGAAACAACACAGCGCAGAACAUGGUCGGCUUCAUGUAUGCGACGGGCAUCGGCGGUGCGGUCGAACCAGACCAAGCAAAGGCCCUGAUGUACCAUGAGUUUGCAGCGGAAGCAGGGAACAUCCGCUCGGAGAUGACACUUGCGUAUCGCUACCACACUGGCAUUGGAACACCGAAGGAUUGUGAUCACGCGAUCCAUUACUACAAGAAGGUGGCGGACAAGGCGAUCGAAUACUAUCGCUCAGGACCUCCGGGUGGUAGGGCUUUGGUUCGAGAAUCUUAUCGUUGGGCAGAUGAAGAAGGAGGUGUCUACGGUCCAGGAGCCAGUGUAUCGAGCUCCGGUCAAAAUGCGCGGGACGCUGCCAAUGCCACUCCUGAGGCUAGCGUGGAAGAUAUCCUGGAGUACUUAGAUCUUAUGUCCCGGAAGGGUGAGUUGAAGGCUACAUACACCCUCGGUAAGAUGAAUUUCGAGGGCGCCCGGGGCUUGCCACGGAAUUUCCGGCGGGCUAUGCGGUAUUUCAAGGUUGUUACCAAGAAAUAUUGGAACAAGGAUGGCUCCGUCAACUCAAAUCCCCCCGCAGGGCUCGAUAAGCUGGCGUCCAAGGCCGCAGGACAUAUUGGUCUGAUGUACCUUCGCGGAGAGGGGGUUGAGCAACACUACCCAACUGCCCUCACAUGGUUCCGACGGGGUAUUGCGAACGGGGACUCUCUGUGCCAGCAUUGGAUUGGUCUGAUGUAUCUCAAGGGCUAUGGGGUUCCUCAGGAUGGCUUCAAGGCAUCCCACUACUUCAAAGCAGCGGCAGAGCAAGAUUCCCCAGCGUCAGAAUCACGAUUGGGUGCUCUGUUCUUGGAUCAAGGAGACGUGGCAACCGCAACACGUUACUUCGAGCUUGCUGCCCGCUGGGGGUGGAUGGAGGCAUACUAUUACCUAGCGGAAAUGGCCAACUUCGGUAUUGGCCGACAGCGGCACUGUGGCGUGGCCGCGGCCUACUACAAAAUGGUUGCCGAAAAAGCAGAGAUCGUCCACUCAGCCUUUGUUGAAGCAAACGCUGCUUACGAAUCUGGCGACAAGGAGAGCGCUCUCAUCCCAUCGAUGAUGGCAGCAGAGCAGGGCUAUGAGAACGCACAGGCAAAUGUGGCUUAUUUGCUUGAUGAGCAUCGCUCUGUGCUCUCGCUCAGUUCCAUUCUUCCAUGGGCCGAGAAGGCUCGGUCCUCCUUGAUGCGCAAUGCGCGACUAGCGUUGAUUUACUGGACUCGCUCUUCAAAGCAAGCUAACAUCGACUCCUUGGUCAAGAUGGGGGACUACUACCUGUCUGGCACGGGUACACCUGUUGACGCUAACAAGGCCUCAACCUGCUACCACAAUGCUGCUGAAGCCCACCACAGUGCACAAGGCUACUGGAAUCUGGGCUGGAUGCACGAGAACGGCGUGGCUGUAGAUCAAGAUUUCCACAUGGCCAAGCGGUAUUAUGACUUGGCUCUUGACCUUAGCCCUGAAGCGUAUCUGCCAGUGAAGCUCAGCUUGAUCAAACUUCGAAUUCGGGGAUACUGGAAUCGGAUCACCAACGGAAAUAUCAAUCCCAUCCACGAGGAGGAAGACUCGAAGCCCCGUCGUACAUUCAAGGAAUGGGUCAAAGCUUUCAUCGAGAACGAUGAGGAGGGCUAUUACGAAGACCUUUACGAACAACAACGGGGAGACGAUGAUGAAUAUCGUGGCUUAGAAUCUGAAGGCCACGAGGAUGGCUACUACGACGACCUGGACCUCGAUAUUGACGAGGGAAUGCUCGAAGGCCUCCUCAUUGUCGGAUUGGCUGCUGCGCUGUUGGUUUUGGUUUAUUUCCGUCAACAGCAACAACAACGCAAUCGACAGAAUCAGAACGCCAAUGCCAAUGCCAAUGCUGAUCCCCAGAAUGGAAAUGGGAACGCCAACGACCGUGGAUUUUUCCCUCAGCCUGGUGACCCUGAUUUCGGGCAAUGGGUGGCAGGAGGAUCAUCUAGUAAACGUCGUCGCACUGAUGCAGCGACGGCUCUCUCAAAACCGUUCAAGUCCCCGCUACGCAGACCUGCACCAACAAACACAGACGACACGCCAUCUAAGUCUGUUGCACCCAGAGCUUUCGAGGAGACACAAACCCCAGCGACUCCUACCACCCCUAUAGAAUCCAAGUCAAUAUCAAAUCCACCAAAUCCGACAACAACUCCAGUACCUCCCAAGCGCAAACGCAUGUUACAGCCAUUUUCCCCGUUCCCCUCACAAUCAUUCCAAACCUCCGACCCAGAAAUCCUAGAACUACAAAAGCAGCACCAGGAGAUCAAAUCAAAGGUCGACGCACUCACAACCAAACUCGAAAUAGCAACUCAAGCCCUCAACCUUGAGACGAAUCCCAAAUACAUUGAGAUUCCAACUCUCAUCACCAAAUGGCGGCUCGCCAGUCAAGACGCAGCAGAUGAAGUAUUUGUCGGUGCCAAGGAAAGGGUUCAUCGCAUGGGAGGGAUGGCGGUUUGGAAACAGCAGUCGAAGCGUGAUGCGAGUCGGUGGGGAUUUGAUGAGGAGAGUCAUGAGCGGGGGCAUGCUGAUGAGGAAGAUGAAGACGUCGACGACUACGGUGCUGGGGAUUCUGGCCGUCUAUUGGACCAGAAUAAUGGCGAGGAGGAGAGUCAGGAUGAGGAGUUCACGAUGGAGUUCAUGCUUAAGAGUCUGCAUGUUGAUCCUAAGUUGAUUGGAUAUGAUACAAAGGCUCAAAGAUGGAUCAAAAGCCGAUUGUCGCCGUCGACUUCUUGA